CCUGGCACUGUCAACGGCGCGCGCUGGGUCAGUCAGUCAGUCAGUCUGCAUGCAAGACGGUAUUAUGAUUGAUGAACGAUACCAACGAUUUUGUGCAACUACUUACCUACCUGCCUACCUACCUACCUACCUACCUACCCACCCAAAACUACACAAAGCAAUGGCCGUCGUCGCGUCGUGUGCGAAACCAUUCCAGGAGCGUAGCGUGAUCGUGAUAGGUGCUUGCGCAGUCUUGCGGUGAGGACUGGUGAUGCGCUGGCCGUUGCUAAACCGCUUUUGGAUGGAGUCACUUGGGG